AUGAAGUUCUUAUCGGCCACCACUCUUCUCCUCGCGGCUCCCCUCCUCGCCUCGGCUGCCUCUGUCCCAAGCCUUCUUGAUCCAUGGCAGAUUCCGCUCCGGACUGAGGUUCAAGACCAAACUUCAGUCCCCGGUGAUAAUCCGCUGGUUUUCUGCAAAGACCCAGCCUCCUACUCUCUUAAGAUCGAUUCCGUCAACUUGUCGCCCAACCCCCCCAAGGCUGGCCAACAGCUUGUUAUCAAGGCCAGCGGUACCCUUGGACAGAAGAUCGAGAAGGGCGCCUAUGUCAACCUUGUCGUUAAAUACGGCAUCAUCACCCUGAUCACGCAGACCGCUGAUCUCUGCGAGCAGCUUGGCAAUGUGGACUUGUCAUGUCCUCUAGAUGGCAAACUGGAUUUGACCAAGACCGUUGACUUGCCCAGCCAAAUCCCUCCGGGCCAAUACUCUGUCUUCGCUGACGUCUACAACCAAGAUGGAAAGCAAGUUACUUGCCUUGAGGCACACAACAUCAAGUUCAACCUGUAA